AUGUUUGCAGAGCCGUCAAUGCCAGAAAGGCGACCCUCGCCCGGAUUGCAGCUCGAAUUCUCCUCCAACAACCCCUUCCGCCGCGCUGCCUCGCCCGCCUUCCCUUCGCCCGCCUUGAACUCGCCCGCCAGCGCAAACCGCGACAGCUCUGGAAGCCGGCCAAUGUCCCGCAACCCCUUCAUCUCUACCUUUGAAAAAGAGUUCAACAAAGAGGCCAAGCGCGACCUCGUCGACAUGUCGGCCACCAUGAAGGAAUCUCCUAAGAAGUCUUCCUUUGGUUUUGCCGCCGAGGAGCUCUUUCUGCACAAUCCACACUCCGACAUGGACCGCUUCAAGCGCUUUGUAGGCACCUUUGCUGACUAUCCCUCCCUUGAACAGAAGAACCUCUCUAUUGACGACGGCGACAAGAAGCGUGCUCCUCCGCCACGACCCGCCCCCGCCCGCAGCGGCACCGACCCCCGUGCAGGCCACCGCCCUUCGCGCUCCGAAGAGGAGAGAAGGGAGCGCGCACGCGAAUCCUCGCGCGGACCUUCGCGGCCUCGGGGACCACCAAGCUCUUCCGACCGCCGGGACCGGGAGCACCGCCGCCCGCGACGCAACUCCGAGUCUUCCAUCGCUGACAAGGGCACACUCGACCCACGCGAGGAGCGCAGGCGCCGAGAGCGUCGCCGGGAGCGCGAGGAGCGUUCCAAGGAUGGCAAGGACGGCAAAGACAGCAAGGGAAAGCGCGUUCGCCGUCCCCAAGGUCUGGAUCUGAUCGACAAGCUCGAUGUCACUGGCAUCUACGGCCCUAGCAUGAUUCACCACGACGGUCCCUAUGACGCCGUGCAGCCCCACCGCAACCGCAAGAAGGACCAGCGCGCGCCCAUGGAGGCUUUCCCUGUCGGAUCUGCCAACAACUCGCUGGGUGGCUCCGGACCGUUGAACACCAAGAUCGACCUUGACCGAAUUCACGGCAGGGGUGCAGAGGGCUUCACAGACUUUGCCGUCGCCGCCGAGUCGGACUGGAAGAAGGCAACACCGCCCACCGCCGAGUUCAGUGCCAAGGGCCGAGACGACAUUGUCCAUGGCGAGCAGAGCCACGGUCUCGGAACUUCCACCUUCCUGGAGGGCGCACCAGCAUCCCGCAAGGCUAUCGAAGAGGAGAGCGAGGCUCAGAGGCAAAAGUCGCUAGCUGAGGGUGGUCUUGGCCGCAAGAAGUCCAUUGCCCAGCGAUUCCGUGGCAUCUCACAGCCCCGUCGUUAUGGUGACAAUCCCCGCAUUCAGUCACCCGAGGCACGCUAUGGAGCUGGUAGUCCCAGUGGCCCUUACAGUGCCGGAGUGCUUUCCCAGAGCAAAGCCACGGAGCCCAACCCGUUCUUCGGCAGUGACGAAUACGAAAAGGCUUACGACGCCAAGGGCGCGACCAUCCGUACCACCGAGGCCAACGGGGGAUCUCCUCCUCGCGGCGCCAACCUGCAACGGUCCAUUACAACCGACAGUGCAGGAUCACCCACAGGCGAGGGCAAGCCUAGCGGCGGAUUUCUCAACAGAGUCAAGUCACUCAAGGGCGGCCCACGCCGACGUCCCGCUUGA